AUGAUUCCCAUGAAUGUGAUAAUUUUGAAGAAUUCAGCAAAAAUUGAUUUGAGCCAGAGUAAUUUUUAAAAGAAUAAUUUUGGAUUAAUGGAAUCAAAAUAAUAGAUAUUUAAAUGUAUAAGUGUAACCUUGUUUUAGUUUUAGAUUGAGAAUUAGGUUUCUGGUUUAAUUUAAAAGAAGAAAUUCAAGUUAUUUUAUCGAUAAUUAAUAAGUCUAUUAUUGAUUUAUUUUCUUAUGACUAUCAAUGAGACAAAUUCUUAGAAUAAGUUUGAGAUACAAGAGAAUAAACAAUUUAGUAAAUUAGAUGUUCAAUCAUAAAAAGGAUAUAUUUAAAUAUCAAAAAAUCCUUAAAGGUAAAAUUUGUUUAUGGAACUUGAUAUUUUUACUAAUUUAAAAUCAUUAAAUUCUUAAGGUUAUUUGAAAGAUAAGGGAAAAAUAAUUAAAAGUGGACUUAACUAUAAUAAAUAAGAAAUAUUGCAAUAUCUUGAGAGAUCAAUUUUAUCGACCUUUAUUAAUAUCAACUUUGAUCUAUCGCAACUACCAAACAAACAAUCACCUCUGAUUCAGAACAAAAUUAAAAUCAUGGAUAGUCUAAAACAAAGUCGAAAUAGAUAGUUUGAAAAGAAAGUUGAAUAAGAAGAACAAGUUGGAAGAUUUAGAAGAACAGUAGAAUCAAGUCAACACAGAAUAAACGGAGUUCCAAGUAAAUACAUGUAAGGGAAUAAUUGUUAUCCAAAACAACCGGUUAAAAAGAUCAAACAAGACAGAAUAUUGAGUUCAAAUGUUUCAGUAUUCUCCAUUAAGGGAAUAGAUAAUUAAUUUUUCAAGCAGAUCUAGAGUGAGUAUCAAGCUGUAUAUUAAUUUUUUCCACAUUAAGAACCAAAAGAUGGGGAAGCUCUUAUACUUAAUUCUUACCAAAAAUUUGAAAGGUCAUAGAUUGAACUUUAUUGAUAAUUAUCCAUUCACAUACUAACCUUUUUGGAAAAAUUACAUGAAUGUUUUUGAGAUGAAAAGUUCCAAUAAAUAGUAUGUCAAGACAAAGGAUAUUCCUGUAGAAGAUGAUUUGGAUUAUGGCUUUAUCCUUAAUAAUAUAUAAAAUCAAAAUGGAUUCUUUUAACUAAGUUUGGCCAAAAUGUGA